AUGGACACCAAGGCCCCCGUAUCACUGGACGCCUUCAUCAAGCUCGCCUUCUGUCUGGAGGGCCGAGACAAGCUCUCCAAGAUGCUGCAAUACGGCAGCCGAGCGCUGGCCUUCUACAUCCUGUCGGCCGACCCCAAGAGCGACGUGGGCCAGCGCCUGCACGCGCUGUACAAGGUCAUGCAGCAGUCGCGCAAGGCCUUCCGCCUGGGCAAGAGCGUCACGUACUACAAGAAGCUGCAGGCGCUGUCCGGCAACAAGAGCCUCUCCGAGGGCCAGAGCUACCUGCAGUUCGUGCAGAACGUGGGCAUGCUGGGCUACUUCAUCUCGGACAAUGUGGCGUUCGCCAGCAAGGCCAAGGUGCUGCGCUUCGACGCCGAGGAGCUGAGCAAGAAAGGAGGCAUUUUGUGGUUCUGCGCCAACGUCGCGGGCUUCUUCAACGCCGUCGAGAGCCUCAACGCCGACGUGGAGAAGGAGAAGUGCGUGCGCGACAUCCUCGCGUCAGAGGAGGACGCGGCGCGCGUCGAUGCGCUGCAGACGCAGCUCGAGGCACUGCGCAGCGGCCGCUUCAAGAAGCUGCUCGCGGUGCUCAAGGUCACGUGCGACCUCGUCGUGUCGUCCAACACGGGCGGCGUGCGGCUGGCCGAGCGGAUCACGGGCACGAAGCUGCACGACGGCAUCAUUGGAUCGGUCGGCUGUGUGUCUGCUGCGGUCGUGCUGUACAACACAUGGCCCAGCGCGCCGAAGAAGGCGCUGCCACCCAGUGAGAAGAAGGUGGAGCACAAGGAGAAGGAGAAGGAGGAGAAGAAGACGGACAAGUAAUUUGGCGUCUCUGUUUGGGUCGGAGUGGCUGGCGUGCUCUUCACCGCCGCCUUGAUGGUGCCUCGCCAUCACAUUUUAUGGAAUGAAUAACAUGCUAAAUACUCGUUGAAUCUUGC